GACAAGCCUAAUACCUAGAAGGUAUUGGUACAAGUAGAAGAAAUAUGGAAAAGCUUUGGAAUUUUUAAAGUAUCUAUCUUUCAAACACAGCGCUUUGCAAAGAACCAAGUGCAUUCUACAUGCCACCGGAUACAGACACCUAUAUACGACAUCGCCUUGAAGCGUGGGGACUUUAGACUUUAUUCAACAAGGGGUAUUUGAUGGUAGAAAAUCGGCGCCCUUCAUUAGUAGAUACUAUUAUUUCUUUCGCGAUGGUUGGAUAUUUCUUGUGCGUCGGAGUUCUGUGUGUGUUAAUUGUUUGAAAAUAAAUUUCCCCUGAAAAUACUUAGUGUCAUUUUAAUCAAACAAUUAAAAAUAAAUAAAAUUGAGCCAUUCAAAUUAUUAUUUAAAAAGUGUGCAUAUGCAAUAGGCUAUCAUAACUGAAAUCUUGCUAAAAAAAAUAAAAAAAAAUCGUAUUCAGUGAGUGACACAAAAAAAAGGAAAUUUGAAUGCAUAACUCGGUUGCUCUCGAUCUCACGAUCGUUAGCUGAAGAAAUUCGUUGAUAACCUCAGUUCCAAAUGAAAAUGGAAGAUCCGAACCUAGCUGAACAAUACGUACAAGAAUUUGUCCUUGAUCAUUUAGAGGACACUACGUCAGGGGCCAUUGGAGUUAAACGCGAGGACCAAAGUCCUCCAACCGCCGCAGCAAAAGUCACUUGGAAUACUGUCCAAGAGGAAGAAGAUACACCCAUUCCAAAAAUGAGAGCCUUUUCAAGUGGACUUCCUACUACUGGUCACGUUUGGCACCAUGAAGAUCGAAGAUUUCAAGCCCUUUCACCACCUCCAGAACUAUACACACACGGACCAAUUGCAAGUCAAGCAAUUGUUGUAAGUGCGGCAGUACCAGGAGUACCCUCUACCCCACCUGAAACGCCACCAAUUAUUGGAUCACCUGCUGGUAGUACCUGUGCCCAAGGAUAUCCCCCAAAUCACUAUGUGCAUAGGCCCCCCACCACGACGGGCUUGGCACAAGAAAUGAUGUGGCUUCCACAGUCAAUGCGAACCGAACCACAGCCUCUCGAUCUACGACCGCUUAAUUGUUCACUUCAAGAAGAAGAAUGGGAAAGGCAACGUGACUAUAUGCAUGUGACGUCGGUAUCGAAUGGUCACAUUAUACCAACGCAUCAUUUUCAGCAACUAGAACAUCUUACACCUAUCAAUAUGCACACCCCCUAUCAUAACAGCACAACUCAACACAAUCGACCAAUGUCGGUUAGCUCCACGAGAUCGUCAACGGCUACUCCAAGAACUUGCUCUGGACAGUAUAGCACAUCAAGCAAUGCCGGUGGCGAUGAAUAUAUCAAUGACGAUUUGCUUACCACUCUUACAGUACGUGAACUCAAUAAACGACUGCAUGGAUGUCCUCGCGAAGAAGUUGUCAGACUGAAACAAAAGCGAAGAACUCUUAAAAACCGCGGAUAUGCACAAAACUGCCGAUCGAAAAGAUUACAACAACGUCAUGAGCUUGAAAAAAUGAAUCGACAGCUCGCAAAUGAGUUACAAAGACUCAAAUCGGAAUUAUCCCGUGUAUGUCAAGAAAGAGAUCAAUUAAAACAGCGAUUGCAGGUACGCCAGCCAGCACAAGCCGCUGGUCAACAACAGGAUCUCCACUCCGACGGCCAUAGUUCACCGGAAUUCUACCUCUGACGCCAGAUUGGUGUUCCUAACCAUCAAUGGUCGAAAUAUCAGCAGCAGCAACUGUAGCGAGGAACAUUAACAAAUCAGUUUAAUGUUAAGUAAUGUCGCAUUAUAUUGUCAAAGAGGAUGGUAAUUUUUUUCAAAAAAAAAAAAAAAUCUUUAAAUUAUUUUUUUUUCCUAUAAAAUCGGGACAAUAAAUUAAUUGUAGAAAUACUUAAAAAAAAAGAACGUAUACAACGACUUGCUUAAACGUAACAAGUCUCUUUUAUUUCUUUUAAAAAGGAACGUAACAAAUAAAUCAAUUUGAAACUCUCAGUUUGGAUGUAUUUUUAAUUUUUUUUAUUGAAAAUCAAAAAAAAAAAAAAACACAAAAAAUACAAGAUUAAAUUUAUAGUUAAGGCUGCAACAUGAUAAUCAAUGUCAAUCGUUAUCAAAUAAUAAAUACACAUUGUAUUCAAUUCAAAUCACACGCUUCAUUUGUUGAUUAGUUUUAGUAUUACCUAUAUACAUAUAUAUAGAUGAUUUGUAAUUGCAAAUCCCUCAGAUAACAUGAACAGGUCUUUUAAAUUUUUUAUUUUUUUUUAAAUAGGAAAAAUGCAAAUCUGAAUAUUUUUGAGGAUUGCACAAGAAUUUUACCUAAAUAACUUUGUUUUUAAUUUUAGUUUAAAAAAUCCUUUAAGUUUAAAACUUUUGAUAACAGUAAGGUUGUGUUUAAAUUUAUAAAAUGUCCAUUAAAAUUUAUGUGAAGUAUUAAAAAACUUUAAUUUAAAAGUUGUGUCAAAACUGUGUUUUUUUCAACGCAGCAACUCUUAAACCUAUAAGAAUCGAUUGUAAAAUAAAGUAGAGGGAUUAAUUCCGUAGAACACACUAUAAGACUUGUGAAAAUGUGUAAAUACCUAUGUGAAUUACGAGUAUAAACAAUAUUAUUGAUUAUAGACACUAUUAUCAACUGUUAAGUUAAAUAAAAACACAUUAUAUUGAA